AUGGAUUACGAGUUAUCGGAAGAUGACCUUGUUGAUGCGGCGGCUUUAGCGGCCUUAGACGACUGGGUCUUUGAUGAUGAGGCAAUGGUCUUAUCGCAUGAGGACAUGGUUGAUGCUGCCGAGUUGGCCGAUCACCAAUAUGUUCGUGUAUCGGUGGAGUCGGCACAUUUGUCCUUUCCUAUCUGGACGCCCCCGACUUUGCGAUCACAGCUGACCGUGCAGCGUUGGAUGGCGGAAAUAUCGAAGGUCCUCAAUUCGCAUCAAGAGUUGGUCAUUGAUGAUUCGUAUGCGGUUUCCGUGGAGCAUACGGAGAUUCCGUCUGGUCGAUGUGUCCGGGACGUCCCGUUGUUAUUGUACCAGAAGCUGAAGAAGAUGAGGUCGGUCAUCUUGGUCAACAACGACGACGAGAUUUGUAUGGCCCGCGCGCUGGUAAUCGGUAAAGCCUUUGCGAAUGGUCGGGAGGAUUACGCCAGACACAUUGCCAAAGGAAAGAGAAAAAUCCUUGCGCUGUCCAAGGAGCUGAUUGAAGAUGCUGGCCUACCUAUCCGGGAAUACACGCUCGCGGAUGUCACGGCUUUUGAAAAGAUGCAGUUUUCCGAUGCCAAGUUUUUAUUUUUUGACUUUGAGACCUACGUUGCGGACGAUGGACAGUUGCAUCCUAAUCUCGCGGUGGUGCAGAAUGACGAAGGCGAGGAGUGGAUAUUUCCAGAAGAAACCGAACCGCUUGGAGACAUCACUGAGCAACUAUGCCGAUUCCUCUUUAGCGAUGACCACCGGGAUCAUUACAUCAUCGCGCACAAUUUUAAAGCUUUCGAUGGGUAUUUCAUUAUGAACUGGCUUUUAACGAAUGGCAUCGUUCCCCGGGUGAUUAUGAAUGGCGGCAAGAUAAUGCAACUGGAUGUACCACAGCUGAACAUCCGCUUUCGGGACAGCAUUAAUUUCAACCCUCAAAGCCUGUCCAAAUGGCUUGCCACUUUCGGUAUUGCAGACACCGCAAAAGGCCUUUUUCCACAUCGUUUUAAUCGCCCCGAAAACUGGGACCAAGUGACGGAGUUCCUUUCAAUGGACGAGUACGGAUACCAGUUUAUGAACAAAAAGGACCGGGAAUCUUUCAAGAUAUGGUACGAAAAUGAAGUGGCUGCCAAAGAGAACACCUUCGACUUCCGCAAAGAGUUUGUCAGCUACUGCAGCAACGAUGUAACUGUGCUUCGCAAGUGUUGUCUGCAGUUCCGCAGUCUCGUUUUGGGCAUCAGCAGCGGAAUCUGUCCAUUUUCGUCAUCCAUAACCAUUGCCGGAUUAUGUGGUUUGUAUUGGCGUACGAAUAUCCUCAAGGCUAACCAGAUCGGUUUGAUCCCACCACAAGGAUACCACUCCAAUAGAAACCAGUCCGUCAAGGCAUUGAAGUGGCUGCAGUGGAUGGAGCUGGAAGAGAAUUAUCCCAUCCAGACCAGAGCCUCAGGAGCAGAAUUUAAAAUUGGACAGUAUUUUGUGGAUGGAUACUCCGCCUCUACCGGCAAAGUUUUUGAAUUUCACGGUUGCUGCAUGGGCCAUGAACUUUGCGUGAUUUGGGUGCACGAGUUCGACAGCCUUGUGAAACAGGAGCCAUUUUUUGCAGCCUUUAUCGAAGAAAUCACUGUACGGCAGCCCAUCAAUCCCCGGGAUGCGUUUUAUGGCGGUCGCACGAAUGCCACCAAGCUUUUUCAUAGUGUGAAGGACGACGAAAAGAUUCGCUACUUUGAUCUUUGCAGCGAAUACCCCUACGUUAACAAGAACAAGCGUUACCCCAUCGGACAUCCGACCAUCAUCAAUAGGGAUUUUGAUGCAAUUGCCAAUUAUUUUGGGAUAAUUCAGUGUGAAGUACUGCCUCCAGCAGAUCUGAAUCUUCCCGUCUUGCCAUACCGAUCCAACGGGAAGUUGGUCUUCCCUUUAUGCCGCACCUGCGCCCAAGAAAAGCAGAACGCACCAUGUACACACGCGAACGAUGAACGGGUGCUCGUUGGAACUUGGUUCCGAGGAGCGAUUGUUUGCGACUACAUUGACCGUUUUCUCAAGAUCAAAACCGAAGCGAGUGGAUGGCCAGCGGAUGUCGCUACCGACAUGGAAAAAGACCAGUAUCUGCGGGAUUUCCAUGAACACGAAGGGAUCGAACUGGAGCACGACAAGAUAGAAGCCAAUCCAGGGAUGAGAGCACUGGCAAAGCUCUGUUUGAAUAGCUUCUGGGGCCGUUUGGGCAUGCAGGACAACAAACCAAACACCAAGUACAUCUCUUCGCCGGAGGAAUUUUACCGGAUGCUUCUUUCUGGAGAGUAUCAUAUACACUCGUGGGACCUGUUCAGUGACGAUGUCCUCCAACUAUCCUACACCAGGGAAAGCCUGUUCGUCGAGCAGAACCCACACGCCAACGUAGUUUUAGCUGCUUUUACGACCUGCUGGGCACGCCUUCACUUGUAUGGUUACAUGGAACAAGUGCAGGACACGUUAUUGUAUUUUGACACUGAUUCCAUAAUUUUUGUGAACAGACCAGGAAUUUCCGUUCCGCCGACGGGCAAAUUUCUCGGCGACUUGACGGAUGAGUUACAACCUGGACAGUUCAUGACCCAGUUCGUUAGCCUUGGCCCAAAGACAUACUCUUACAAGACCAACGAUGGAAAAAGUGUAGUUAAAGUUAAAGGUUUUACACUCAAUGGUCAAACUAGUGAAGUCAUAACUUUCGAAAGGAUGGUUGGUGUUUUGGAAAAGAAGACCGAUUUUCUUGUGGCAGAGUAUCCAGACAGUAUUAAGCGCGAUAAGAAAACUAUGACUUUGAAGCAGGUGGAUCUUUGUAAACGGCUGAGUUUUACGUACGAUAAGCGAAGAAUUGUUGAUGUUGAUUGGAGCACUUUGCCUUACGGUUAUACGUCGCGAUGA